AUGGCGCUAGUCCAGACACUGGCAGCCCAGAUACCGAACAUCAAAUUUCGGCACCUAUGCAGAAAGGAACUCAGACAUGCCGAUGCCUUGGCAUACAUAUCAUCUAUGUUAAAACAUGAGAGCGUGAAAGCAAUCAAAGUAUCCAGGGUAUACGAACCCUCCAUAAUCCCUCAGCAAUCCCUCGCUACACAUCGCAAGGACGACAUUGGGGAGGACAUUGCUGAGGAUGAUGUAGGGGAGGAUAUUGUCGACGAUUUCAUGGAAGAUGACAUCGUAACAAAACCAAAUGAGGAUGAGGAUUUUACCAAGGAAAAUGAUUGGAGAUCUGAUAUUCAUCUCUACCUUAAAGAAGGUACUCUACCUGCAGAUCUGAAACAAGCCAGGAAGAUACAAGCCAAGGCAUGGAGAUAUGACCUUCGGGACGGGGCCUUGUAUGAAAAAUAUUUCCUCGGGCCAUUACUAUGA